CGCGUUGUACUCUGGGAAUUUUCAGUUCGAACUAUUAUGUUCCGUUCGUGCUGAUUUCUUAUGAGAUAUAUAUAAUAAAUAUAAGGAUAACUCCCCACGAAAGGUCGCUGGAUGAACGCAGCCGUCGUUUUAAACCUAUUCGAUCGUUUUAGUCAUUCAGAGCAGCUGACCGAGACGCGACUGGAUUGUUGUAUUUGUGUCAGCUCUGUUUAUUUCAGCUCAUCACCCCAGCAUGACUUCAGCUUCCACAAAGGUGGGCGAGAUCUUCUCGGCUGCGGGCGCUGCUUUCUCUAAACUGGGUGAACUGACCAUGCAGCUGCAUCCAGUGGCAGACUCCUCUCCUGCAGGAGCCAAGUGGACCGACACGGAGAUCGAGAUGCUGCGUUCUGCAGUUCGCCGCUUCGGUGAAGAUCUGAACAGCAUCAGUUCAGUCAUAAAAGAGCGGACAGUUGCCCAGAUUAAGACCACAGUAAAAAGGAAGCUGUAUGAGGACAGCAGGGUACCUCUCACCGCAGAGUCGCCUAAAAAAACCAUGAAGAAGACCGCAGUGUCGCUACCACCGCCUCCUGCAUCAGUCGCCCCCCCCGUCAUCGCUGUGCCCACCUCGCAGGUUGUUGUGACAGCCGGACUGCAGAGCUCUUCAUCUUUACAACCAGCAAUAAAGAACCCUAAACCGUCAGAUGUGACCCUGAGUGCGCUGAACGACUCGGAUGUGAACAGUGAUCUGGUGGAUAUCGAGGGGCUUGGAGAGGGAUCCACUAAAAAACCAAACUUUGACCAAGAGAGCUUGAACCUGGACUCCAGUCUUAUAAUGAACUCCAGUGAUCUGCCUCUGCUGUCCCGCUGACCUUCACUUGUCAGUCAAACAGUCAGGGAGCGGAGAUGAUUAAGUCUGAUCGCUGCAGUACACCUCUAACACCUUUUCUGCAGCACCGGAUCUGUGCAACAUCGCCGACACAUUCUCUAGCCACGUCAGUGAAGUUGAAAUAAAUCGACUGCAUCCUUAGCUCUUAUUACGCGUCAAAAAUAGAUAGUGGAUUUAUGUUUUUAGUGGUUCGUGUUGUAUGAUCUGAUUUGCCCACGGCAGAAAAGGGGUUUGCAGGACAGCGGUCAAAGUACUUGUAAAAAUACUUUCUUUCUUUUUUAAAUAUUAGGCCGAAGUAAAGCUUUGUGAAAUGAGAUGCUGUUUGUAAUGAAAAUGUGGCAGCAGAGCAUCAAAAAUAGUUCACUUUCACUGCCACUGUAUGUUAGGUGCAGCUUCUAUUGUAUGUAUAUAUAUUAUUUUUUACCAUUACAGAAUAAUUAAACAGGUCAUAUCAACAGCAAUCAUAACACAUGCCUGCUUAAAUUUUAUAUGAACAAAUCAUCCUGUCAUACAUGUUCUUGGCUCGGCAUAAACAGACAGCAUACGAAUCAAUAAAAUGAGUUUUUAUUAUGA